AUGACUGGAAGGAAGGAGAAUUUGCGUGAUUUUCGAAGUUUAGAAAAUGCUGGUGUAGUAAACUUUGGAAAUAACCAUAAAUGUCAAGUUAAAGGUUAUGGAAAAGUAACGAAUGGUCAAUUUACAGUGAAUCGUGUUGCUUAUGUGGAAGCUUGCGAACAAGGAAAACAGCAUCGUAAAGGGCAUCCAAUUGUCAUUGAUUCGAAAAUUGUUGAACCGUUGGAACGUCUUCAUAUUGACCUUUGUGGACCAUCAAUUGUUGAAACUCUCAACAAGAAAUGGUACAUUUUGGUUAUUGUUGAUGAUUUUUCACGAUUUACGUGGGUGUAUUUUCUAAGGUUAAAAUCUGAAGUCGCUCAAACAAUGAUCGAAUUUAUCAAGAAAAUUGAGAUAAAUCUGAAGAAGAAAGUUAGAAAAAUCAAAAGUGAUAAUGGUUAUGAGUUUAAGAACAAAGUGUUGGAUUCGUACUUAACGGACAAAGGAGAUCCGCAUAACUUCUCUUCGCCCUAUACACCUCAACGAAAUGGAGUAGUCGAAAGGAGAAAUAUGCCACUUUGCGAAGCAGCGAGGACAAUGUUGACAUAUGCAAAUCUUCCUCAAUAUUUAUGGGCAGAAGCAAUUUCGACAACAUGUUUUACUCAGAAUAUAUCUUUCAUUGAUAAAUGCUUCAAUAUAACUCUAUAUGAAAUAAUCACUAAGGUUGAUGAAGGAAUAUUUUUGGGAUAUUCGAACAAUACGGUUGCAUACAUAGUGUUAAACAAACGAACUCGAAAAGUUGAAGAAACGUUUAAUCUCACUUUUGAUGAUUACUACGUGAAACAUAUUGAAAAACAAUUUGAACAACAAUCAAUUCUUAUUGAAUCAACUGAUGAAACUAAAGAAUCUAAUUCAUCUGACUUUGAUUAUGAUUUAAUUUUUGGUGUUCCAGACUGGACUGUUGAUGCUGAAGUACAUGCUGCUGAUAAUCAAACUCCUGAAUCUUCAAAACAUACUAAUGAUUCGACAAUCACCUCAGAUUCAACUGUUAAUAGCGAAAGCAUGCUAGAUGCUUAA